UUAACUCUGCAAUGUGGAUGCAGCCCCUGGGGUUUUUUGCUGCUUAAGAGAAGAGCAGAGGAGCAGGAGGGAAGGAAAAAGUUGGCAACCUGACAUGAAGCAUAUGGGGCUGGACUUUGGAGACGGUCCCUGGCAGAGCAGCCAAUCAGAGGCGUUCUUCCUUAUAUGGGCAGGGCCAGGCACCUGGGUCCCAGGGAUGGCGUUGAGUGGCGUCCAGACGUUGCUGCAGACACGUGUCAGGACCCAAGUGGAGCUUAUUGCACGUCUGAAAGGAACCCCAGUUCUUUGCAACAUGGAAAAAGCCAAGACGAUUUCUUACGAGGACCUGAGAAAACUGCUUGACCAGAAGAAGGUCCGGAUUUUCGACGUCCGGUCGGCUGAAGAAGUCGCCAAGGGGCGCAUUGCGCACUCUGUUCAUAUCCCAGUCGGAGAAGUCGAGGAGGCUUUCAAGAUGGAUCCGGAGGCAUUCAAAGCCAAGUACGGCGUGGAGAAGCCGCAAGCGGAAGAGGAGAACCUGGUUUUCCAUUGCCAGAUGGGGAAACGUGGGGCCCGGGCGACCGAAAUUGCCACCGCCCUGGGCUAUGCCAAGGCCCGCAAUUUCGCCGGAGGCUACCAAGAAUGGUCAGAGAAAGGAGGAAAGUGAAGCACGGUCAGAUCGUCCGUUUCCAGCAUCUCCUUGGCUUUUCUCCUCCCGAAGAUGGGGCUCCUCUUUUCCUUUCCUCUUGGGUUUUUGUUCCUCCUGCAAAACGGAAAUGCCAAUGUUUUUGCUUAGCUGGGCUCUAAAUAGUAAUACUCUUAUUGCUCUUGCAAUACUAAGGAAGAUCCCCAGGUUGGGCUUGUGCUGCUGGAACAUUUUCCUCUGCAGGGCUUUAUAAUAUCUUUCCCGGAUCCAUCUCUUGAAUCCGUUUUUCCAUUUGUCUUAUUUAUUCAAAGAAUGCAUUAGUAGGGCAUUAAAAAUAACAAUAAUCUCA